AUGGAGGCACUCGCAGCGAUAUCGUUGGCGGGGAACCUGGCCCAGUUCCUCGAGCAUGCGCUGAAAGCGGUAUCAAAAAAAACAGUUAAGCUUGACGAGAACCUCGAUCUGGAGGAAAUCACCCAGGAUUUCAAGUAUGGAUUCGCCGAGAAGCUAGGAAAGCUUCAAGUCGAAAUCGAUAGACGUGAAGCUAAAAAUGCGACUUUGGAAGAAGCCAUCACGAUCUUGAUUGAAAGGAAGCAUAAGCGAAGAAGACUCAAGAAGGAACUGGAAACCAUUGAAGAAAAAGUAGAGCUUGAGGGCAAGCUUGAGGCGAUCGCCAAAGACGCAGCAGACUCUUUGAACAUAAUCGACUUGGACUUGAAAGGCGGCGAUGACAUCAUUUCAAGCCUCGAGUUGCCGUUGUGUGGUUCUCGCGCUGCGGAGUAUGAUGUCCUGCAGGGACUGAUGACCAGAGGCCUGAACGUGGCUGGCGAAAUUUUUGGGCAUCUUGAACGGCCUCGAGGUUCCAGAGACAACCAACACUGGGAUAUACCUUAA